UGGACCAAAUUUUUAGCAAGUGUAAUACGAGAGCCGAGUAAAGUGCAUCUGUUUUCUGUGAAAAGUCUAUAAAUAAUAUUAAAAAGAUGUCUUGCGGGGCAGAAUGCCUGUCCCUGGGCCCUCCUCCGGACUCCAUCUUACACAUGCCUCCGCCCCCCCUGCCCGCCUUCCUGGCCAGUGCAGCAAACCUGACGCCUCCCUGCCGAGCCUCCAAGUGCCCCACUAGCAGGAACAACGAGGAGAACUCGCUGUUCCCAGGAGUGGAAUACCAUGAGCUACCCAGACAUGGUGAGAUACAGCCAGCCACUAAUGAUGACACAUGGUUCCUGGUGCUGAUCACCUGCUGCAUAGCUGUUCUCUGCAUAGCGGCACUACUGGCGCUGUUUCUCCUCAAAUGUAGAGAUUGGAAAAAAUCUCAUGGGUUUUUUCUCGACAGGGCGCGAGGAGGUUGUAAAAGUGGUACUGGUAAAGCUUCGGGCUCCAAUGCUCUAUACGGAGGUGCUGCGAUAGACUCCCGAGUGCUCUGGGCGGCACUCACUCCUCGCGGCACGCGGCAUUUCGUCGCCGACACGUACCCACAUGACGAGACUGAAGACCACCACUACGAGUGUGUGGAACCCCCACUGUACAAGCUCGGCCCUCCCGAAGACCUCGCCAUCCCACGACACUUCAACGUAGAAUACGAAGAUCCAGCACCUUUGAUCGAAAGCUACAGCGACAGGACAGAAGAAUACUUCCGCAAUGGCAUGGACACUCUCCGCCGUGGGAGGCCCCUCGUGUCCUCCCCCACGAGGAUCGAACGCCCCAACCUGCCCCCUCUGAACCUCCAGCCGCGCACUCUCAGGAGGGCCCCCCACUCCCGCCGAGUCAGUGAUGCAAAUAAUCCGGAGAAAUCGGCCAUCUGAACCGAGAGUGGCGCGGUUUUCUCCGUCGCCGAUUCUACCGAUAUCGAUUACGAUUGGCAGUCGAUCGAGAACUCGAAUGUUGAUCGUCUCGUUUGAGGACCACAUUUCUCUGAUCCGUUUAGUUCAGACGUUUGGCACCUGGACUAAAGUUUUAAAAUCAGCUCUGGACAUUAUACUUAGAACGCUUUUCCGCAUAACUAGUUCAUAAUUGGUACAUAAGUUUACAAAAAUAGCACACUAUAAUAUAACGGUGGUUUGAAUACUUCUUCCGAUAAUAAUUUAAACAAAACAACGAAAAGUUUUUGUAAUUAUCUGGAGAAGUAUAAAAUCUAAGUAAUUAAUGUAGUAGGUGUAAAGGUGUAGAACCAAGCUUACGAAGUGCAUCGGUGUCCAUAAACUUAACACGAAUAGCCUGUGUACGCGAACGUAAUUGUAACUCGGUAGACAAAAGUUUAUUUACUGUAAAUAACAUAGAUUUUUAACGAAUUUAUUUAUUUUAAUGUGCAAUUGUAUUAUAUGCUAUUCUGUCUCUAAAACUAGUCUAAAAUUACUGUAAUACUUUCUAGUCAUUCAUCACACAGUCAAUGUGACUUUAUACUGCAUGUCUAUUUUAAUCAAUCAACAGCUAGCAUCUGUAAUAUUCGUUAGAAUAUUUGAUUUUAUACAAUAUGUAUCACGAAUUUUUGUACUUGUCAAUAAAAUAUUAUUAUUUA